GCCUUCUGCUGCGAGUACAAGAUGUCUCGCCUAAGCAGGUUUCUUGGGGUUUUGAGGAGAAAUCCAAAAAAGUCCAUAUUUUUCUCCGGGUUAUCUGUAGCAGGGGUCAAUUUCGGCCAAAAUAAGUAUGAAGAGAAACAGAUGAUGCGAGCCUUCUGUGAGGAGGCCUUGGCUUAUGGUGAAAUUACCCAGCCUCUUGGGGAUAAGGAGCGGCAUAUAACUGUCUUACUGAACCCAGCAGCUAAAGAAGGCAAAGGUAAAGUCUUAUAUGAACAGUAUUGUGCUCCACUCUUCCACCUCGCUGGAAUAAAGGUGGCGACAGUCCGGACAGAGCAUGAAGGUCAGGCACAGGACUUGAUGGGUGUCAUGGAAAAUACCAGCGCUGUUGUUGUUGCUGGUGGUGAUGGUACUCUGGCAGAGGUCCUUACAGGGUUAUUGCGAAGAGCAGACCACAAGGAAGCAGCAAGUCGUCUGCCUCUUGGUGUCUUGCCUCUGGGAAAAACAAAUUGUGCCACUUCAGCCAUUUGGGGAUUCAAAGGAAACCCGGAGCCACGGCAUCUGGCAGAGGCAGCAAUGGCAGUCAUUCGUGAUAUUAAAAGGCCUCUGGAUGUGAUGGAAAUUACACCUUUGCAGGAGGGAGAAGGAGCAGCUCCUAAGCCAGUAUUUGCUGCAUCCAAGGUAGAAUGGGGAGCUUACAGAGAUGCUAGAGAAAGGAAUGAUGUCUAUUGGUAUUGGUCUGUUCUGAAGAAGUAUAUGACUUAUGUCUUUUCCAGUUAUAAAGAUAUUACAUGGGACUGUUCAGCUGACAUAGAGUACUCAGCACCUUGUUCAGGGUGCUCGAGAUGUAGAGGCACUGUAAAAGAAGAGCACAAGGCAGAAGAGACUCCGAAGCCUCCUCAGCGUUGGUGGAUGGCUUAUCUUCCCAGAACCAAGCCUGUUAUCACUCCAGAGGAAGAAAAGAAAAUUGACUACAAUAGCAUAAUAAAUGAAGAGUGUGGGGUUGUCAAAAAAACAGCUGUCAGUGAUAUUUCUGAUCUGUCUGUUGUAACAAAAAAUACACCAGAAUCAGUGGAUAUUCCCAAUUAUGCUUUGGCAUUAAAAACAGGUCCCACCAAUGUUGGAUCUUUUGAAUUUAUCCAGGAAGGCUGGAGGAGAGAAUGGAAUAAAUCAAAUUCAUAUGAUGCAGAAUCCAUUGUUGGUGAAAUUACUCUAACACCUACAGGGAACACAAAAACAAAGGAGGGAGAAGAUCGAGAACUCAACAUUGACAGUGAGACUUUUGAAGUGCGCCCGAUGAAAAUCAAGCCAAGACCUGAGGCAGUCACUGUUUUUGCACCUCUGUCUCCUCCGUUUGCCGCUCAUGUAGGAUGAUCAGUGGUAGUUCUUGAUGGUGCCAAUUUAGGAACUAAUGAUAGAGGUCCCAUUAUCAGUCUUAAUGGGAUAUACAGUGGGACUUUUUCAGUGCUGCCAGAUCACUUGUAGGAUUGAUGUUCAUCACUCCUUGCUCAAAGAUCAGUGUAACUGUGAGGAGAUUGUAUAUAUCUGCAAUCCUCUUCAUUUAGGUGAUGAGAUUCCCAAGACAGUGCAUUUAAGUUUACAUCAUUUAUUUUUGUUAAGUAUUUUUGUCCAUGUAAAUAGUUAUAAGGAUUAUUUUUGGGUUUUAUGCAAAUGUAUCAAAUGAAAUAUGUGAAUAUCAGUUUUUACCGAUAUAAAUGUACAUAUAAUGCAGUUUCUCAUUAUUGUUGUAAAAAAAUAAAGUAUCAAUAAAAAAUUUAAAAUACA